UUGGAGCAGAGGACACAGCACGCCUCAGAGCCGGUCCCUGACCCCAGCACUGGGGUACAGGAAACAGAGCAACCAGCCGGCCCAGGUGCUGAGGGCCAGGUGGCACCCAAUCUCAGUCUUGGGGAUAAGGGUGCCACUACACCAACAACAGACCGGCUUUUUAAGAUCCAACCUGUACUUCAGCAGGUAUGACUUGCCAGCUUGUACUGUGAACAAUCAGUGUAUAAUAUGUAGAAGCAGAUGGAAUUGCUUUUUCGUCUGCGCUUAGCGUGAGGACGUACAAGUUUUAGCGCACAUCAGUGACAUCGAAACAAGUCAUUUCACGGUAGUACCCUACAGCUGUGUAGAGAUUGCUCAGGUUUGGAGGGUAGUCGGGUUUUGCGUACACCUUUAGAAAAUGUCUAAAACAAAGAUAAUAAAAGAUAAAUCGUUCGAGUAGAAAAUGACGUCACCAAGCUCACCCAAUAACAGACAUGCAUUCCAAGCAUUCUAGGAUCUUCCAACACAAAUAUAGUAAUCCGGGUGUUUAUUUACCUAUCCCUUAAAGCCUUGUUUCACGUUUUAUCAACAAUUUUGACUGGAUGAUACGUUUCAUUCAAAUUUCCACUCUAUCUCUGGAAUAUACAAUGAAUUGUGUCUCAUGCCCAAGAGCAGUCACGAGAAUGGAACUCGACGAUCAGUUAAGAAUUUUGCCCCUCACUGGAAAGGUGGUCCUCCAAGAAGUCAUCUAGAGAAAUGUCUACCUCAACGUAUAAGGUUUCAAAUACAAUCAAAUCUAUUGCUAACCAAUAAAUUUAUAGCUUUGAAUUGUGCAUCAACAAUAUUAUGCACGCCUUGGGAAGAAAAGGCGGGUUUCAGAAAAGCUAGGGUUAAUACGCUCGUAAAGCUGUUGACAAUUUUGAACAACCCUAACGAAUAUUUCGGAGACCAUAACAACACUUUCGGUAUGGUUUCUAUUUUUAGUGCAUUGCUGUAGUAGGCAUUAUGUUUCCUCGUAGGUAAAUUAUUUCGCUAGCUCAAGGAAAAGGUGGUAUAUGCAGCUGGAACGAUGCAACGAGGAUGCUCCGGUUUACCACCGCAAAUAUCGGGGCCCAUCGUAAAAAAGGAGAGGCAAUUGAUGUUGGUCACGUGAGGGCGAUUGCCUGUACAGUAGAGCCUCGCUAAUCCGAACCUCGUUAAUCCGAACCCUCGCUAAUCCGAAUGUCCCUAACUGCUUGACCUCGAGUUUCCAGAGAGCAUUUAGAAUUCCGAGGCCUUGUGCAAACGUCCUUUCAUAUCCGGGAAAUAACAAACAUCUGAUCAUAUCCGGGUACACGUUCUCAUGUCGUCAGACAAAGAUAUAACAAAGAAGACAAAACGGGCUCACAAGACUCUAACAAUAGAGCAGAAGGUAGCAAUACUGGAUGAACUGGGAAGUGCCUCCUAUUCUGUGCUGUGUGAACGAUAUGGAAUCGGUCGAAGCACCAUUAGCGAUAUCAAGAGGAAAGAGUCUGAACUGAGGCAAUACGAAAGGAAGCUAACCGAAAUGGGAACGAGUCGACUUGCCAAAACAAUGAAGCUUUCUACUUACGAGGAGCUGGAGAGGGCUGUUUUCAUGUGGUUUCGGCAGACGCGCGAGAAAGGCAUUCCUGUAUCAGGCCCACUACUACAAGCAAAGGCCUUGCAGCUUCACGAGAAAUUAAAGGAGUCUUCUCAAGAAGAGGAUUUCGGCAACUUUGUUGCCUCGUCUGGUUGGCUUUGGAGAUUUUGUAAGCGUCAUUGCAUUAGACAGCUGGCCUUACAAGGAGAAAAGCUGUCUGCCGAUAAACCAGCUGCUGAUCAGUUUGUGUUACGUUUCCAAGCUUUUGUCAAGGAUAGUGAUUACAGCACUGAACAAAUAUUCAACUGUGACGAGUCAGGUUUGUACCAUAAGCUGCUGCCUCAGAAAACGCUUGCUGGUCACUUUGAGAGGUCUGCUGAUGGGCGCAAGACUCAAAAGGACCGUGUUACCAUCAGUGCCUGCUCAAACGCGUCUGGUAGCAUAAAACUACCCUUGGUCUUGAUAGGUAAAUCCAAGAAUCCUCGUUGUUUCAAAAACGUCAAUCGUGAUCACUUGCCAGUGAGUUACUACAACCAGUCUAAUGCUUGGGUGAACACAGGAAUAUUUUCUGACUGGUUCCAUCAUAAGUUUGUUCCUGUAGUGCAGGAAACGUUAAGGGAAAAGGGUUUGGAUGAUAAAGCUGUCCUUCUGCUUGACAACUGUUCUGCUCAUCCGAAUGAAGAAGACCUGAUAUCAGCAGAUGGCAAAGUGAUCGCAAAGUUCCUUCCACCGAAUGUCACUUCGUUAAUUCAACCCAUGGAUCAAGGUGUGCUAGUAUCCAUUAAACGCCGAUACAGGAAAAAGAUGCUUCAAGAUCUUAUUCUUCAAAAUGAUAGAGGUGUGUCAAUCAUUGACUUUGUUUGUGGAAUCAACAUGAUGGAAAUUUCUGAUAAAGUUUCCGCUAGUUGGGAUGAAAUUACACCUAGAACAAUUCGAUUGUCUUGGAGAAAGAUUCUACCCAUUUAUCCUGACGAAGGCAGUCAGGAACCUGCUGGCAUCACAGAAUCAGGAGAGUCAUUUGAAGAGCCUUCUUCUAAUUUGACCCCUCUCUUCUCUGCUUUGGGUUAUGAAAUGACUUCAACAGAAAUUGAGGAGUGGUUAAUGGUAGACAAUUUGGAUCCUGGUUACACUCAUUUGGAUGAUGAUGAAAUUGUCACUGAAGUCUUGGCUCACGGUCGUGAUGAAGAGACUGCUGCAGAUGAAGAUGAAAUGCAAAGUUCUGAUCAUGAUUCAAGCACAAACCAGUCUGGCAUCUCUCAUGGCAGUGCAUUUCAAAUGCUCUCUGAUUGUUUGACAUGGUUUCGGGAACAGACAGAAGCAACUCAAUACAGCUUGAGUGUUCUUCGGAGCCUACGUGACCUUGCAGCUAAAAAGAGACUAAGCACUCUUGAACAGACGCGGGUGACGGACUACUUUGAGAAAUGAGUUGCUUUUGCUUGUU